UAGUGGUGUUUUUAGCCCAGUAACCCCCUGCACCCCCGCCCCGUCUCUGCUGCCUCCUUUUCAUUUGCUGCUUGUUCCAUCCCGCCUGUGUGCGCCGCAUCCAUACCAAGAUCCUCUGACUUCUUCUCCACAUGUCCCCGCAGCGUUCGCCGGAUUUAAUUGCAUAAUUGCCUCAUAUAUCACUAUUGAAAAAACACGGGGCCAUAUCGCGUCUGACUGACAGCUGACCGGCGCUUUUACGGGUAUUAUUUUUCCACUCCUCUUCCUCUCUGAACGUCUCCCCACCAUCACACACACCCUCUUGCCAUGCAGGAGGUGUAACCCUCCUUCCUCUUCUUGCUUGUGCACCAUCGGAGGAGCCCUAAAACAGAAAGGAAAAAAUAACACAAUCCCAACCUGUAUCCAGUCAAGAUGUCAGACCCCGAUGCCUCCUCGCCGGCAGACCACCCGCUGCCACUCACCUCCCCCCGGACCCCCCUGCAGCUCUCCUUCCCCUUCCUGAGGGAGGGCAGCCGGGUUUGGGAGAGGGAGAGGGAGAGGAAACCGCCACAGCCCGGAGAGCUGCCUAGCCCACUGCCCACCAAACGCACCCGCACAUACUCAGCGACAGUGCGAGCCAAAUCAGGUCCAGUAUAUAAAGGAGUGUGUAAAAACUUCUCCAGGUCUCAGGGUCAUGGAUUCAUACGACCCUCUCACGGCGGAGAGGACAUCUUCGUCCACAUCUCUGACAUUGAUGGAGAGUACGUGCCUAUGGAAGGGGACGAGGUCACGUACAAGGUGUGCCCCAUCCCUCCCAAGAACCAGAAGAUCCAGGCUGUCGAGGUGGUGCUCACCCACCUGUAUCCAGGCACCAAGCACGAGACCUGGUCAGGUCAGAUCAUCAGCUCCUAGAGCUGCGCUCCAGGUUGCAAAGGCUGCAAUGGCAAAGGGGGAUUUGGAUUUGGAUUUGGAUUUAGUUUUAUGUUUAUUGUUUUUCGGGUUGUAUCAGGUCAAGGGAAACGGGAUCGUAGCUGGGCGUGCGGCUGAAUUCGGCCUGAGGCGGCCCGGAUACAAAAUGGUGUUGGUAAACGUUUGAGUUUGAGGGUUAGGGCUUGAAAUUAAGCUUUGAAUGUACAGUAUAUGUGUGAAUGUUUUUUUUUGACGGUCAUCAUUUGAAUGUUUUGGUUUGGGGUUUGAAAGUUAAGGUUCAGGUUCAGGGCUUGGUGAUUGAACUGUAUAUUUAAGUUGGAAAAUCAGUGUUUGUUAGGGGAAGCAAAGUCUCCAACGAGUCAGGAUGCUGAAGAGGCCGAAUCACAUUUUGAGAACGUUUGACCCAGUUUGGCUAUAUUGACGCUCCAUUUACACACUACAGACAGGAGUCAAUGGAGUUCAGAGUCUCAAUCCUGCUUUUAUUUUCUUUCUUUUUACAACUACGCCACCAACUGAUGCAAAUAACAUUCCACCAACCGUCAAAAGUCGUGUGAAAAAUGUACAGUACAGCCAUGUUGUGUCUGUGUUUACAAAGACAGACGGGGGUGGUUGCCUGACAGCAGAAUCAAAAGGAAAUAAAGUGACAUUUUUAACAACCCUCUGGGUUGUUUAUGAUCAGGAAGCAACAGCUGCUCAGCUCUGUCUUCAUCUCACUGCCUUCAGAAAACAGAAGCAUUUUAAAAUGGUUUCAGGGACAACACAACCCUGCUAGUGCAUUGGCUGCCAAAUGCACUUGCACUGGAAAGCAUCCAAAUAGCUCUUAAUGUGUUUCGGCCUCAAGAGCUGCGAUAAAGCUCUAUAAAUAAGGAAUUGUUUUCCUUCUUAACUUAGCGCUAGUGUACUUUGUGUACUUGGCAAGUGUAGAAAUCCAGUAUUAUUGGAGCCAGCUCCUAUGACGGUCUUAGGUCUUGGUGGUAGAGACAAUAGCUGGAUGUCGUGUGUGGGUCUGCCAUUGAGAAACCAGACCAGAGGGUUUUUGGUCGGGGAAGGAAGCUGGAGAGGGAGGGAAAGUUCAGGGAAGAACAGGCAGAGGACGGAGUGAUUAUCUGUAGAUGUACUUGAGCGCUUGAUUUGAAAUGUUACAAAGCACGUGUGAUCAGGAAGACCAUGUUUAAAGUCCGCGGUCAUAAUAAGCCGAUUAAAGGAAAAUAAGAAUCGCCCGAUUCGAUUUUUAAAGAGGGUCAAGCUGAGGUAGAUGAACUGCAGAUUUUUAGCUGGAAGGUUUGAACAUCGGGGAGUCCUGUAAGUUCCAAUACGUCACGGCAAACGACUGUGAAAAUAAAACAAAUAUAUAUAAACAACAGAGCAGCAAAAGCUUCCUAAAAAGACUAUUUAUUUAUUGACUUAUUUAUUUUCAUUUGUAGUUUGGUUAUUUAAAGCUGCAUUUAUAAGUACAUGUGCAAAUGUAAGCCUAUUUGAAUACACUGCACACCUCACUCUAAUGAUACUACUCUGUUAAUAUCCCUUUGCUAACUGUGAUGUCAUCAUCGACAAACCUUUCCGAACACAAGUUUCUAAUUCCCACAUAUUCCUUGUCUAAUAUAUUUUUUUUUAAUAAUUAUGUGAUGUUCAAAAUAACGAGCAGUUCAUUGUGUUGAUGUGUUGAUUCUGUUUUCAUCAUGCUGUAACGCGGCCUGACUUCAGAGAGGCAUCGCCACAGUAACACACUGCAUCUGUUGUGUUGUUGUUCUUCACUGUGAGAGAAACACGUUUGAUUUGCACUUUUAUUUUUGUCAAAUCACUGUGACACUGUCCUUUUCUCAUCAGGGUGAAGUUGGAAUAAAAACUUACUCCAGUAUCA